AAAGCGAGGUGUCCGCGUGGGUGUCCGGGAGCGAUGCGGCGGGCGGCGCUGCUGCUGUGGCUGUGCGCGCUAUGCGGAGCGGCCGCGCCGCCCGCCUGCAGCCCGCGCUGCCGCCACGGUGGGCGCUGCCUCGCCAACGCCACCUGCCUCUGCUCCAAGGGCUACGAGGGCGAGCGCUGCCAGCACGCAACAUGUUAUCCAAAAUGCAAAAAUGGUGGAGAGUGCCUCAGACCUGGAAAAUGCAGAUGUCCUCCUGGCUAUGGGGGUAGAUACUGUCAUAAAGUAAGCUGUGAAGGAGGCUGUCAGAAUGGUGGGGAAUGCAUCUCUGUCGACGGAGUUGUGAAGUGUCUUUGUGCUUCUGGAUGGACAGGAUCAAGAUGCCAAGAAGCAAUUUGUCCUCGAGGUUGUUGGAAUAAUGGAGCUUGUGUGGCUCCUGGGAUUUGUAGCUGUCCAGCUGGAUGGGUUGGUGAAGCAUGUCACUUAGCUGUAUGUAAACUACCUUGUCAACAUGGAGGAAAAUGCAUAGCUCCAAAUGUGUGCAGAUGUCGACUGCCAUACUCUGGUCCACAGUGUGCAAAGAAAAGGAAGGAAUGAAGCAACUUCAGCAAAGAUAAGCUGCAUUUUCUUCAUGUAACUCUUCAUACAGAGAUGAAGUCUGCGGCAGUGAAGGACCUUAAAAAAACCAACAUGGUAACUAAUUCAGUUCAGAUAGCUUUUUGUCUCCAGUAUAUUAAGUAAAUGCUUUUCUGUAGAAAAGAAAAGUAUUGCUGACUGUAACAAAGCUGUUAUAAGUGUCAAGUGUGUGUAGUGUAUGGCACAUGUUCUCUUCUGUUUUCAUUUUAAUUCGUAAGCAGAAGUAUUAUACCUUGGUUGAUACAACUGACCUUGAAAUAUAAUUUACUCUUAAAAUAAAGUACUUCAGAAUAGAUCUGUGUUCCUCUUUUUGAUUUUUUCCCCUUUGACUAGAAUUAUUAAUGAUGUGUUUUAAAGAAGCAUACAAAACAAAACGUCCUUAAUUCUGAUCAUCAGAAGUGAGUGUUAGUUCAAGUAUAAUUUGCCUUCAAUAAGAUUACACAGACACAAGAGGAAAUGUGCAGAGUUUGCAUUUUUCUGAAACGUCAGCAAACUGCAGAGCCUUUUAUUAAAAUCCUGGUUAUUGCUUUAUGCACGCUCUCUGCCCCUCCCCCCAGUCAGAUUUAGAUCUUGAUCAGUUAAGCAGUAUUUAAAAAAAUCUAAGGCACAGUACUUGUUCAGACAGUUUCACUGUUACUUUCUGAAAGCUUAAUCCAUGCUAUACUCCAGAGUCCUCAUCUUGACUACUUCCACAAUCAUACUGUCUGAUCAUCUUUCCACUAUUUCUUUUCCUUAUCUCAGUAAGAUAGGGAAAUA